UCGUUCGCGCGCUCUCUUACACUCCACGAUACUCUCACCAGUUAGCGUUUCUCACGCUCCGCGGCGGAUUUUGCUGUAAUUUGCCAUGACUUCGCAACAGGAGAACGAGGCACCGACAGGGCACUCGUCUGAGCCCCGAACCAACGAACCCAGUUCCACCCCGGUCGACGAUGUAGAUGACGAGACAGUUGCACUCAAACUCCUAACCGAAAACGUCCGAGACCAAGAUGACCUCGAACGCGAUAUCACUCUUCAAGCCAGCCGAGCUUUGGUUGAAGAGGAGGAUAGAAGAGACCGGAAGCGCAUCGAGAGGGCUGAGCAGUCGAAAGCUCGACUGGAAAAUCAGUUGCGACUCCAACAACAAAAGCUGCGUUCUGCACAAGGGAACCCCACUGCGAGGCUGCGUGUCCAGCGGGAGAUCACCCGACUUGAGGCAGAGAUUGAGAUUUGCGACAAGGACAUCGCUGAUUUCAAUGCUCGCAUUGAACAGCGGAAUCAGCAAGACGCCACAGAUGGCCAGGCUUCGGCGAAUGGUGGUGGGAAGCUUCCCGGCGAGACACAGCGAGAUUACCUCAUCCGCACCGGGAAGAUCACCCCCUUCGCCACGUUCGGCGGGGCCCGGCCCCACGACAUCCAAGGAGAGCUCGCUGAUGCCAUCAUCGAGGCCGAGGACCAGGCUAUCGCCGAGGAAUUGGAGGAGCGAGUUGGCGAAGGCCCUCGCUCGCACCAGAAUCUGCGCUUACCCGGUUUUGCGGAGGACAACGAAGACCUUGCAAGUUCCGCUGUAGAGGCAGAGUUCUCGCUGCGUCCCCGAAAGAAGCGCAGGGUGCAAAAGCCAGCUGUCGAUUCCGAUGACGAGUUCGCUCCUGAUGGAUCAGCUUCGGAAGCAUCCAGCCCGGCGUCCCCCGCCUCUGAUGACUUUGACAUGACCGAGAUCACGCCCAGACGUAAGCGCAGGCAGGUCGUCGCAGAGAGCGAGGGAAAGGUGGAUCUGAGCAACAUCGACGAUGGUAACGAGGCUGUUUUCCAGCGAAGACUUAAGGACUGGGUAGAGCGGAGGAGCCGAGCUCGACGCCGUCGCCAGGAGAGUUCUGGUCAGCCGGUCGAUGACGGGACGGAUACGGUGGAGGAAUGGUUCAAGCCGUCUCCGGACCAGCCAGAUCAUGUGUUUGAGAACGGUCUGAGGCUCCCUGGCGACAUAUAUCCCUCGCUAUUCGACUACCAGAAGACGGGCGUUCAGUGGUUGGCGGAGCUGUAUGCGCAGCAAGUCGGCGGCAUCGUGGGUGAUGAGAUGGGACUGGGAAAAACAGUCCAGUUGAUCUCCUUCGUGGCCGCCCUGCAUUACAGUAAGAUGCUCCACAAGCCCGUCAUUGUUGUCGCCCCGGCCACCGUCCUGCGGCAAUGGGUAAACGAGUUCCACCGCUGGUGGCCGCCACUCCGCGUCUCCAUUCUUCAUUCAUCCGGGAGUGGCAUGUUCAAUGUCCACGACGAGGGUGAGCUCGAGGACCACGUGGACGACUGGGAUAACAAGAAGCCCACCAGAUCCAGCAAAGCGGCCAAGAAGAUCGUCGACCGAGUAGUCAAGAACGGCCAUGUGCUGGUAACGACGUACGCUGGCCUACAGACUUACGGCGACAUCUUGAUCCCGGUUGAUUGGGGCUAUGCUGUGCUGGAUGAGGGUCACAAGAUCCGAAACCCGAACACGGCCAUCACGAUAUACUGCAAAGAGCUCCGCACCCCGAAUCGCAUCAUCCUGUCCGGCACGCCGAUGCAAAACAACCUAACCGAGUUGUGGUCCUUAUUUGACUUCAUCUACCCCAUGCGCCUCGGCACCCUGGUUGCGUUCCGCAACCAGUUCGAGAUCCCGAUUCGAUUGGGGGGCUACGCCAAUGCCACGAAUCUGCAGAUCAUGACCGCGCAGAAAUGCGCCGAAACCCUCAAAGAGACCAUCCGCCCAUACCUCCUCCAGCGAUUGAAGGUGGAUGUCGCUGCCGACUUGCCCAAGAAGAGCGAGCAGGUGCUCUUCUGCAAGCUAUCCAGGUCCCAGCGUGAGGCAUACGAACUAUUUCUCAAGUCCGAUGAGAUGGCUUCCAUUCUCAAUCGGACGCGGCAGUCUCUGUACGGCAUCGACAUCCUCCGCAAGAUCUGCAACCAUCCUGAUCUGCUGGAUCCGGCACUCAAGACAAAGCCUGGGUACCAAUGGGGCGACGUCAGUAAGUCGGGGAAGAUGGCAGUCGUCCAGUCGCUGCUCCCGAUGUGGAAGCGCCUGGGACACAAGACGCUGUUGUUUUGCCAGGGCGUCCAGAUGCUCGACAUCAUCGAGGCGUUCGUGCGACGACUGGACAACAUCACCUAUAUCCGCAUGGACGGCAAGACGCCGGUCAAGCAGCGGCAGGCUCUUGUGGAUCAGUUCAACACUGACGCAGGGCUCGACGUCUUCUUACUGACAACGAAGGUCGGAGGGCUGGGCGUCAACCUGACAGGGGCCAACCGUGUCAUCAUCUUUGAUCCUGAUUGGAACCCAUCCACCGACGUCCAAGCGAGAGAGCGGGCCUGGAGACUGGGCCAGAAGCGGGAAGUCACCAUAUACCGACUCAUGACGGCCGGCACAAUCGAGGAAAAGAUUUAUCACCGCCAAAUCUUCAAGCAGUUCCUCACCAACAAAGUGCUAAAAGAUCCCAAGCAGCAGACAACAUUCCAUCUCAAUGAUUUGCAAGACCUCUUCAGCCUGAGCUCGUAUGAAGACGGCGUGACCGAGACGGGGGAGCUAUUCCAAGGCGCCGUUGCCAAGGGCUCCAAACGCGGUGGACCGAAGGAGUUAAUUCUCCCUGGACACGACGCCAUCCCCAUCAGGCCUCGUCAACGUGGCGCCGAGAACAGGCCCAACGCCGCGGAUGCCGACGAGAAAGAGGAAGAUCUCCGCCACGUAGACGGGGUCGCCGGUCUCGAAACAUACCAAGGGGAGUCUGCCCCACCCGCAAACGAGGAGGCCCGUCUGAUGGAGGGCAUUUUUGCGCGGUCUGGCGUCCACAGCACGUUGGAACACGAUGAGAUCAUCAACGGCAAGAAGACGGUCAAGGCGGACCGCAAGAUGCUCCAGCAGGAGGCCGACCGGAUAGCCGCGCAAGCGGCCCUCAGCCUCCGGCGUGCGGGGGAGCAAGCCCGCACCGUGCCUAUCGGCACCGUGACAUGGACGGGCGAAGUCGGAGAGGCUGGCCGUCCAACCAAUAUCCGCCGCGGGCGCGGCGGGCCGGGCUCGGCGAGCAUCUUGGCCGGGGUAGCGAACCGCCAGGGCCUCGCCGCGGGCAGCCCGGGGAGUUCGAGAUCAGGGACACCCGGCGCUGCGGGUCAGAAUCUCAGCGCGAGAGACUUCGAGAAGAUGAUUCCGGCUUUCAUCAAACGGCACAGCGGCCGGGUGCCGUCCAAGCUGCUGGUGGACCACUUCAACCAGUACUGCUCGGGUUCCCGGCAGGCGGAAGAGUUCAAGGUGGCGCUGGGAAAGGUGGCGAAAAUGGAGAAGCGCGGGUCAAGCAUGCGGGCGAUCUGGACCCUGAAGCCCGAGUAUCAGUAGUUGGGUUGCAGGGGAGGUUGGGCAUGCAUGCUGAAGAAUGCCGCGCGCUACGAUCGAUCUUUCAUGAGUUGCUUUUGUGAUGCGAGCUAACAUGAUUGCCGGGAUUUUACCCCUAAACUUCUAAA